UCAGAUCUGACUUAGAAAUCACUUAAUUUAACUCAGCAAUACUUUUUCUCUCUUUGUACUAUUACUCCAACGGUCCUCUCCUCGAGGUGUUGGAUUUCUAGUCAGCAAAAGGAAUAAAAAAACUGCCCCAAAGGCAAUCUGUUAGAAAGAAUUACUUGGUAGGAUUUUGAACUCCAGGGAGAAAGUUUCUAUGUGUCUUGAAAAGAAAGAAGAACUAAGUCGUGUGUUUUUUACCAAUUUCACUGGCAUCUUUAUGUGGAAGAGAAGUUAUAUUGGUAAAUAUUUAUUUCAAGAACCAUGACUACAAAAAUCUUGGAAGUUUAUUAAGAGAAAUAAAUGUUUUUCAUGCAAGGACGGGAUCUGCAUGUACUGCUUUGGCUCUCAGUAUCUUGUACAGACCAUUUGAGGUGCCCAGCCCAGGAGAGGAAAUGCUCUAGUGACACCCGAGCCUCAGCCACACUCCUAGAACCAUGUCUACUGCACAAAGGGAAGGCAACUGUCGCCUCUUCAACACUGUGCACACCUGUAAACUGCCGCUUCCUGAGGACCAGCGACCUCACGAGAAAUUUGUUGUUGCUCAACCAAUGUUUGUUUUUAAAAAACGAGAACAAACUUUCAAGAGACCUGCAGAAGAGAGCCUGUGUGAAGUAGUGGAGCAUGAACAUAAUGAUUUUUUGAGAAAGCGUAUACGGUCUUCAUCUUUUACAUUGCAUUCUCAGACCCAAGGAGUGUCAACCUUAUCACAGAAACAAAUGAAAUCCUCAUCCUUUACUGACCUCCCAGCCUUCCUCUCUUCUGAGCCAGUGAAGAAAAACAACGUUUUUAUGACAUCAACCCUUGUGCAAAGGAAUGUUGAUUUGAACAAAGAAGAACAAGGUCCUGUGAAACAUUCCGACCAUGUUCUAAGACCUGCUAUUUUGCAGCCACCGCAAAUACAGAGAUGUGAAAAAGUAAGAAGAACGUUUGGACACAAUGCACUGGAACCCUGCAAGACUAAAGAAAUUGCAAAACAUAAGAUUCCUGGAGGGAAUGCCUGUUUUCUAAGUGAAAAUUUACCGAGUGCCAGAAUUUCAGUCCAAUUGUCUCUGAACCAGAAUACUUUAGGUGCUACGUCUGCAGGAUACCAACCAAAUGAGGAUAAGAAAGCCUUUAAAAGCUGCGGCUCUGAUUUCAUAUUCGGAGAAAACAUGGUGGAAAGAGUUUUGGGUAUUCAAAAACUCACCCAGACUCAAACUGAAAAUGUUUCUUACACCAAGGAAAAACUACUCAAAUCCACUCUAAAAUUUCCUAUUGAUUCUCCAAGUUCAAGAACAGACUCUAUUAAAAAUAUAUCACUCAUUGAAUCAGCUGCUGCUUUCUCUUCUACGCCAUCAUCAAAAUGCUUGCUGGAAAAAAUUGUUGUGAUAACAGGGGAGGAAGCAGAACAUAAUGUGUUAAAGAUCAACUGUAAGCUCUUUAUUUUCAACAAAACAACACAGUCCUGGAUUGAACGAGGCAGAGGUGCUCUCAGACUGAAUGACACAGCGAGCGGUGACUGCGGGACCUUCCAGUCUAGACUAAUUAUGCGCAAUCAAGGCAGCCUGAGGCUGAUUCUCAACAGCAAACUCUGGGCUCAAAUGCAGAUUCAACGAGCAAACCACAAAAAUUUACGAAUAACAGCUACUGAUUUAGAAGACUGUAGCAUCAAAGUAUUUUUAAUUCAGGCUGGUGCCAAAGAUACAAGAUACCUGUAUGCAGCGAUACAUCAUCGUCUUGUUGCACUGCGAGCCUUUGAUAAUCAGAAAAACAUAUAUCAAGCUGAAGGCCAGGCAGAAACAGUCCUCCAACAAUUAAACUGUGAUAGCUGUGAUGAAGAUGAAGAUGAUCUUAUCCACAUUACCAAAAUUAGAUCAGAUCCUUCUAGGUGGACCUGCAGAAAAUCAGUUGCCUGUUCAUGAAUGAUAUCUACUAUGAACAUGACAACAUCUACAAAAAGGCUACCUACUGAAAAUACUAAACUAUCCUAGAAGAUCCUAUUCAUUCUUCUGAGCAUUUAUGGCUCAAGAACUACAAUUAUUGCAAUUAAAAUGUUUAUCUUAUGCAGCCUAAUAAUUCUUAAAUUUUAUAUUUGAUUAUUGUGAAUAAAAUUUAAGAAAUAUAUGAACUUUGAAAGUAAAAUUUAUCAUUUUUGAAGAAAUUAAUGUAGAAUAGGAUUUGAUAACUGAUUCAAACUAUCCAUCACAUUGAUGUAUAUCACUGUAUCACUGUAUCACUGUCAUCCUGUUGCUCACGGAUUUGCUCGAGCGGGCGCCAGUAAUGUCUCCAUUCAUCCCUGUCGCGUUCAGGGGAAUGAGGUUCAUUAUUGGAUUUCUUAUAUGAUGGAUAUAAUAAAUAAAACAAUAGAUUGCUGGAUAUGGUAAAUAAAUAAUAGGUAAAAUAGAUCUAACUAAAUAUUUAUUUUUUUAGUCAUGCCUUUUCUUCCCCUAAAACAAAUAUUUUGUGAAAUUUCCAAAUUAAAUUUUUGGAAAAGCACUGCAUGAUACACUGCAUGAUAGCAUUUUAUUAAAUCGUUUUUUCUCUGAGGUAAUGUGUAUUUUUAUUUAGUUUUCAAACUUACUAGUACUAUAAAAGAAUAUAUUCAUGGCAUUAAUUCCUGUAGAGUAUUUGUUCUUGGACUUGUAUUUAUUGCAAUUUGUAUAUGCAUGACUCACUAUCAGCAUCCAAUAGCUGAAGGAAUGAACAAAAUAUAUCAUCCAUGUAUCAGAGCAGUAAGUACAUAGAGUGAAGUAUGUUAACUUGUGCUCUUUAUGUGAUUAAAUUGUUAUUAAUAUUCAAGUAGCUGUGAGUGUAUGAAGACCUGUUAAAAACAAGUGUACCAUGGGGCCAGAGUGAUAGUACAGAGGGCAGAGCAUUUGCCUUGCAUGCAGCUGAGCAGGGUUCGAUCCCCUGUAUCCGAUAUGGUCCCCCAAACACGUCCAGGAGUGAUUUCUGAGUGCAGAUUCAGGAGUAAUUACCCCUGAGCAUUGCCAGGUGUGACUCAAAAAGACAAAAACAAGUAAAUAAAUAAAUUUAAAAUACAAUAAAAAUAAAACAAGUGCAUCAAAAAGUAAAGUAAAAUUAUUAUCUUGAAUGACAUUAUUAUGAUAGAUUAUAGAAAUCCCAACAAUCGUGCAACAGAGUUUCAAGGCACCCUUGAUGAGAUCUGUUUUAGAAGCACUUCAUGAACUACGGAAGAAAAUAGUCUUGGUACUUAUAGUCACAUUUCAUUCUUCAUGAAUGUAGUUUGGUCACUCAUGACUUAAAAUUGACCUUUGAUAUAUAGAAUAACAGAGUGGGAGACUAUCACCUAAGAACUGUAGAAAUAAGUACCAGGAGGUUGACUCCAUGGCUUCGAGGCUGGCCUCACGUUCCGGGGAAAGGUCAACUCAGAGAAGCGAUCACCAACUACAUUGUAGUCGAAGGCCAUGUGGGGGAAGGGAGUUGCGGGCUGAAUGAGGGCUAGAGACUGAGCACAGCGGCCACUCAACACCUUUAUUGCAAACCACAACAGCUAAUUAGAGAGAGAGAACAGAAGGGAAUGCCUUGCCACAGUGGCAGGGUGGGGUGGGGGGGAGAUGGGAUUGGGGAGGGUGGGAGGGACGCUGGGUUUACGGGUGGUGGAGAAUGGGCACUGGUGAAGGGAUGGGUUCCCGAACUUUGUAUGAGGGAAGUAUAAGCACAAAAGUGUAUAAAUCUGUAACUGUACCCUCACGGUGAUUCUCUAAUUAAAAAUAAAUAAAAUUAAAAAAAAAUUGACCUUUGAUUGUCACCCCUAAAUAGAUAUCCCUAUUAUAGAGAUGUCUUAGUUGGGGCUGUCAUGGAAAAUUACUAUAGAUUAGGUGGAUUAAACACCAGAAAUUUAUUUCUCAGAUUUUCAGAAGCUACAGUCUGAGGUCAAUGUGCCAGCAAGGUAUGCUUUAUCCUGAGGUCUCCUUUCUGGGUUUAUAGGUGACUGCCCUCUCAUUGCGUGCUUAAAUGACCUCUGCUUUGUGGGAGAAGUGUGUGAGAAAGACACAUACACACAGAGAGAGAGAGAGAGAGAGAGACAGAGACAGAGAGACAAAGAGAGAGUCUUUGAUUUUUGAUGUCUCUUCUUACAAAUCACCAAUCUUCUUCAACCACAGCUCUACCUCAUAACCUCAUCUAAUCUUAAUUAUCUGAAAAAGCCCCUUCUCCAAAUAUCAUCAAAUUGGAGUUUACAGCUUCAAAAUAUAGAUUUGGAGGAGCAGUUUAUAGCAAGAAGAUAAGUUUCACAAUUUCAAUACAACUUUUGA